AUGGAAGCAGAGCUGAAGUCCAAGUAUGAUAACAAUGUUUGGGAGUUGGUUGAGCCUACUGGGAUUCAUAAACCGAUUGGUUGCAAGUGGGUUUCCAAAACUAAAAGGCCUGAUUUAGCCUAUGCAGUGGGUACGUUGGCGAGAUUUCAGUCAAAUCUAGGACAUGAGCACUGGAUUGCUGGAAAGAAAGUGUUAAGAUACCUUCAGAAAACCAAGGGUUAUGAUUUGGUGUAUAGAAGAAUCAAAGAUCUCGAAGCAGAUGGUUAUUCUGAUGCAGAUUUUGUAGGACAUUUUCCAUCUUCAGGAAAAUCAACAUUAGGCUAUGUCUUUAUGUUAGCUGGGGGUGCUAUAGCUUGGAAGAGUGUAAAGCAAACACAAACAGGAACCUCUACCAUGAUGGCAGAGUUCAUUGCUAUUUAUGAGGCUACAUGUCAGGGACUAUGGUUGAAGAAUUUUCUUGCACAGUCCAAACUAGUUGACAACAUCAUUUCAAGACCCUUGAAGAUUCAUUGUGACAACUCUGCAGGCCUACAAUAG